AUGGAAGACAUAGAUCCAGCUUACAUACAAUCCACAGAACACCGUCCCAACUUAUCCACCUUUGUCGAAGUUGAUGAAAUUCCAAUCAUUGACCUCUCACAAAGUAAUCGACAAAACCUGGUCUCAGAGAUUGGCAAGGCGUGUGAAGAAUGGGGGUUCUUUCAAGUAAUCAAUCAUGGAGUUCCCUCUGAUGUUAGCAAAAAGGUUGAAAUUGAGGCCAAGAAGUUCUUUGAGCAAAACAUAGAGGAGAAGAAGAAAGUGAAAAGAGAUGCGGUCAAUGCAAUGGGGUAUCAUGAUGCAGAACAUACUAAGAACAUAAGGGAUUGGAAAGAGGUAUUUGAUUUUCUUGUUGAGAAUACAACACAAGUUCCUUCUUCUCAUGAACCAAAUGACUCGGGGCUAAGGACUAUCACCAACCAAUGGCCACAAUACCCUCCUCAUUUCAGGGAAACAAUGGAGGAAUAUGCUAGGGAAGUGGAAAAGCUAUCUUACAAGUUAUUGGAGUUGAUUUCAUUGAGCUUAGGCUUACCUGGUGACAAAUUCCAUGACUGCUUCAAGAAUCAACUAAGCAUGGUGAGGCUGAAUCGCUAUCCUCCGUGUCCUUUCCCUGAUUUGGCACUUGGUGUUGGUCGUCACACUGAUUCUAGUGCCUUGACUGUCCUUGCACAAGAUGAAAUUGGAGGCUUACAAGUUAAAAGAAAAUCUGUUGGUGAUUGGAUUCCUGUUAAACCUACUCCUACUGCAUUCAUCAUCAAUGUCGGUGACGUUGUUCAGGUUUGGAGCAAUGAUAGGUAUCAGAGUAUCGAACACAGGGUAGUAGUAAACACACAGAAAGAAAGGUUUUCAAUUCCGUUGUUCUUUUAUCCAGGUCACCAUGUUACGGCGAAACCAGCAGAAGAACUGGUGAAUGACAAGAAUCCUGCCAAAUAUAAACCAUACAAUAUUGGUAAAUUCUAUGCUAAUAGAAACCGCAGUGAUUUCAACAAACGCGAGGUUGAGAAUAUCCAAAUUCAUCAUUUCAGAAUUUUGGAUUAG